CGUUUCAAAACCAAGCAAAAAAGAGUUGUUUACAUCCUAAAGAAUUUCCUACUUUUCCUGGGUUUUCCUGCCUUUCCUGCACAUUUUCCACAAUGGGAGGGUGCCGAUGUACGUUCCAGACAUGCGAGAAUAACAGCGCAAACUCCCCCAAUAUGCACUUCUUCCAUUUUCCGGCCAAGAAGAAGGAACUCUGUCGGCAGUGGGCAAAAUACGCGAAUCGCCUGGAAUUCCUGGAUCUCCCGCUGGACAAGCUGAAGAAUAAGGUGGUGUGUCAGAUGCACUUCCGUUCGGACAAUUUCAUGAAUUACCUGCAGAAUAGUCUCGUGAAGACAGCCUAUCCCACGCUGAUGCGCUUCGGGGAUGUUGUGUUGGAUCUGGAGAAGGACACAGCAGAGGAGAAGGAGAUGAAGCUGUCAGAGACGAAUAGUAGCGUACAGCUGCAUAUACCGGAUUUGGAUGAGAAGGAAGUGGCCAGUGGGAAUCAGCAGGAUACCUUCAUAAUUGACAUGAUGCACAACAAUGAGGAGGACAUUAACAUAUCCCCAGGGGAGAAUCUAAUGCUAACGGGGGCACCACGAGCAACUUCACAGGGUAAUCAGCAGAAUUAUGUCUUUGACUUUGGGCAAUUAGUUGAGGAUAAACCACCACCGAUUAAGAAGGAGAAAAAGGAGCCAACCAUCCUCAAUGCUACUUACCAGAAAGUUCAUCGCACAAGGGCAGGAACAGCUGCUGCGGUGCAGAAUGUUGCGGUGGCAAAGAAAACUCCCCGGAAAUCCGUUGUUUUGGCGGAAUUUAAAAUAACUCCUCGGCAGGAGGCAGUGAAGGAAGUGAAGACAGUUCCGGAAGCCAUGCGUCCUGACACAACGGAACCCAUUGAGGUGAUCCCGCAGGAAAUUGUCAGGGAGACAGUGCAGCGAAAGGAGGAAGUGGAGCCCAAGAGGGAUGCCGCACUGGAAACAAUGGCCAAGGAGUUGGGAGAAUUGAAGCAAAUGGUCAUAGAUGCAGUUACCACGGUCAAGAAUCAAAGCAUCCCAUCAACUUCCGCUGCAGCCACCUCCCGCACCCCUUCGAUGAGUGAACAAACAACCACUGGGAAGAUGGAUAAAAAUAUGGGAAAAUUGCAGCUCUUCAAUGCAAUCAAGCGCUACCUGAAUCCCUCAAUGGUGGCUCUCUUGCGGAUGGAGAUGUUCGGUGGGAUGGAUCGUGAAUGGAAGGAGGAUGAGAAGGAAUUCGCCGUGGAGUUGUACAAUUUGGGGAUCAAUGUGUACGAAUUUAUGCGCGAUGAAUGGCGGUUUCGUCUUCCACCCGAGAAGAUGGUCAAAGAAUGGGCUGAAGGGAUGUAAGGAGGUCACAGGCAGGGCAACAUCACGCAUGCAAAGUAAUUCUCGUUUCAUUUUAAACUCGUUUUAUCUUUAUUUUGACGAUAGGUAAUAAAAUGAGUACAGAAAAGUAUAAAAAAA